UUUUGCAAGAGUUAACAAAACACAUUUGUCAAUUUUUAACGCCGGACGGGGCAAGGAGGGCUGAGCAGAGAGAUAACACAAAGGCUAAAUGGAGAGCGCCGCCGUGUUUGCGGGCCUUUACCCUAAUCCCGGUCACCAUAACCACCUUAUUGGUUCAUCACGAACUGCUAUUAAGCUUCUUCCUCUUUCCAUCGAUAAAAGCCAUUUUUGUCCGCUCCAUCUCAAGCUUCAGAAGCAGUCGCAUUUUACUUCUUAUAUUGAUAAUAGUGCCAUAAACAGUGGAAAUUCAUUUCGUGUGGCCUCUCCUGCAAGCAACGUAGCAUUUGAAUUAGCCGACAUCGAUUGGGACAACCUUGGCUUUGGCUUUAUGCCUACUGAUUAUAUGUAUAGCAUGAAAUGCUCUCAAGGUGAAAACUUUUCUAAGGGUGAAUUACAGCGUUUCGGUAACAUUGAGUUGAGUCCAUCUGCUGGAAUAUUAAAUUAUGGUCAGGGAUUGUUUGAAGGUUUAAAAGCAUAUCGAAAACAUGACGGCAAUAUAUUGUUGUUUCGACCCGAGGAAAAUGCAACGCGUUUGAAGAUGGGUGCUGAACGUAUGUGUAUGCCUUCACCCUCUGUUGAACAGUUUCUGGAAGCAGUGAAAGCCACUGUUUUAGCGAAUGAAAGAUGGAUUCCUCCUCCCGGUAAAGGUUCAUUAUACAUAAGACCUCUGCUUAUGGGGAGUGGAGCUGUCCUUGGUCUUGCUCCAGCUCCUGAGUACACAUUUCUGAUUUAUGUAUCACCUGUUGGAAAUUAUUUUAAGGAAGGUUUGGCACCAAUAAAUUUGGUAGUUGAGACUGAAAUGCACCGUGCAACACCUGGCGGUACUGGAGGUGUCAAGACUAUUGGAAAUUAUGCUGCAGUUCUGAAGGCACAGAGUGUUGCUAAAGCAAAAGGCUAUUCCGAUGUUCUGUACCUUGACUGUGUUCAGAAAAGAUAUCUCGAAGAGGUUUCCUCUUGCAAUGUCUUUAUUGUGAAGGGUAAUCUGAUAGUAACUCCUGCAAUUAAAGGAACCAUUCUACCGGGAAUUACACGAAAGAGCAUAAUCGACGUAGCUAUUAGUCAAGGAUUCCAGGUUGAGGAACGACAGGUGUCUGUGGACGAAUUGCUCGAUGCUGAUGAAGUUUUCUGUACGGGAACUGCAGUGGUUGUAUCUCCUGUUGGUAGCAUUACUCAUCAAGGGAGAAGGGUAACAUAUGGAAAUGAUGGUGUUGGUCUUGUGUCGCAGCAGUUAUACUCUGCACUUACCAGCCUACAAAUGGGACUCUCAGAGGAUAAGAUGGGUUGGAUUGUUGAGCUCAAAUGAACUGUCCAACCAAACGGUAGUACUUUCCGUUGAUGAAAAAAUGUUUGACUGGAAGUUUUCAGACACUUGUGACCUAGAGUUUAUCCUUGAUCAUUCAUCCAUGAUGCGUGUCAAGUAUAUCUGUGUUUGAUAUGUAUCCUCCAUCUAUACUUUCCGUUGAUGAAAAAAUGUUUGACUUGGAAGUUUUCAGACACUUGUGACCUAGAGUUUAUCAUUGAUCAUUCAUCCAUGAUGCGUGUCAAGUAUAUCUGUGUUUGAUAUGUAUCCUCCAUCUAUAAAAUAGUCGUUUUCACCCCAAAUUUGGUGAUUUACUCAUAGUAAAAUGUUGUGAUUUUGAUUACUCAA